UCUUUUUAUUUGAUUCAAUCGAACGUGCAUGCUAAUCGAGUGCAACUGGAAAAAUGAAGAUGGCGGACACGUGUAUGUUCAGAAGAAAUAGACCCGGAACUACGGCAAAGAAUUUUUGCAGAUGGCCUGAUGAACCGUUUGAAGAAAUGGACAGCACGCUGGCCGUGCAACAAUAUAUUCAGCAGAUGAUUAGAAAAGAUCCAUCUAAUGUUGAUUUAAUAUUGAAAAUGCCAGAAGCUCAAGAUGAAGCAGUAUGGAAAUAUGAACAUUUAAGACAAUUUUGUAUGGAACUCAAUGGUUUAACUGUAAGACUGCAAGCAGAAUGUCAGCCAGAAACUUGUACUCAAAUGACAGCUACGGAACAAUGGAUAUUUCUAUGUGCUGCUCAUAAAACACCCAAAGAAUGUCCAGCUAUUGAUUAUACACGACAUACACUUGAUGGUGCAGCUUGUUUACUUAAUAGCAAUAAAUAUUUUCCUAGCAGAGUGAGCAUUAAAGAAUCUUCAGUAACGAAACUUGGUUCUGUUAGUCGAAGGGUUUAUAGAAUCUUCUCUCAUGCAUAUUAUCAUCAUAGAACAAUAUUUGAUGAAUUUGAGAAUGAAACUUUUUUAUGUCGCAGGUUUACAGCAUUUGUGACAAAAUAUAGUUUGAUGUCAAAAGAAAGUUUGAUAGUACCAAUUAUGGGAGAAGAGGGAACAACAGAAAGUGAAGCGUAGGACUUGAAUGUUUAUUUAUAUUGUCCUAAAUUGAUUUGUCAGAUUUAAUGAAGUCAUUGA